CUCGCUUCCAAACACACCGGGCACACGACUCUCUCUCGAUAUCUACCCCACGUCUCUUCGAAGCAGCCGAAGUUGUAGCAUGAAGGUCGCUUACGCACUCGCCUCUGGGGCGGCAUUGGUAGGGACUAGCGAUGCGUUCGUUGCUCCGGCAGCCGUGAGGUCACCGUUGCAGCAGCAGCGAACGUCGUCGCGACCUAACGUGGUCAUGGCGGCCACGGCGGAAAAGCCCGCGACCUCGAAGGAGGCCCAGGCGGUGCCCGGUGGCGUGAUGACGCUGUCCAGGUACAUGCUCGACCAGGCCAGGAUUAACACGGACUACCAGGACCUCGAGCAACUGAUGGGGUCCAUCCAGUACGCGUGUAAGACCAUCGCCAACUUGGUCAGCCGCGCGGGCAUCUCGGACCUCACCGGACUCCAGGGGGACGGAGGAUCGGUGAACGUCCAGGGGGAGGAGCAGAAGAAGUUGGACGUCAUCUCCAACGACGUUCUCAAGAACGCCCUUCGGUCGAGCGGCAAGCUCGGCGUCAUCGCGUCCGAGGAGGAGGACACCCCCGUCCUCGUCGAGGAGGCGUUCAACAGCAAGUUCGUCGCCGUCUUCGACCCCCUCGACGGGUCCUCCAACAUCGACGCUGCCAUCAGCACCGGAACCAUCUUCGGAAUCUUCGAGGAGACUGAGGAGUGCAUCGUCGACGACGACGCGGACAUGGACGAGGCGUCGCAGGUGUGCCUGCUUAACACCCUCCAGCCCGGAGGCAGCUUGGUCGCGGCCGGGUACUGCAUGUACUCCUCCUCGACCAUCCUGGUGUUCACCAUGGGCGACGGCGUGAACGGCUUCACCCUCGACCCCCAGAUCGGAGAGUUCGUCAUGACCCACCCCAACAUCCAGGUCCCCAAGCGAGGAAAGAUCUACUCCUUCAACGAGGCCAACAGCCCUGACUGGCCCGAGAACCUGCAGACCUACGUCACUGACCUCAAGAACGGCGAUGGCGAGAGCGGCGAGAAGUACUCGUCCCGCUACAUCGGGUCCAUGGUGGGCGACGUGCACAGGACUCUCUUGUACGGUGGCAUCUUCGGCUACCCCGGGGACAUCAACAACCCCAACGGCAAGCUGAGGCUUCUGUACGAGGGCGCGCCCAUGGCCUUCAUCUGCGAACAGGCGGGGGGCAUGGCAACGACCGGCACGCAGCGCGUCAUGGACAUCAACCCGGAGAAGGUGCACCAGCGCGUGCCCACCUACCUCGGCUCCGCAGAGGACGUGACCGAGCUCAUCAACGCCCUCAAGAAGGAGAAGGCUGAAUAAGUACAACAGCCUGAUUUUUUCGAAAGAGAUAACUCAUGCUGUGUAUGAACGCAGCAGCGCUCGUCGGGGAAGUUAUUUUGCUCUUGAUGAAAUGUUAAAGAUAGAAAUCAAGAGAGUAGGAGCAGGCCUGUUCUUGUUUUUCGUAUUUAGGCAGGCAGGCUUGCCCGCGAGCGGGAGGGAAGGGGCACGAGAAACAGCUGAGAGGCCCAACUCGUGAGUGACACGCUGUCAAUAUUUUUGAGUCUCGUGUGUACGGUUGUAGAGGGUACGUGUUGUAGUGAUGGAUUUGGUCGGUCGUGCCAACGUCAGUGGCGGGGGCUGUGGGACCGAUCCGCAUCGCCGGGACAAGGGGAGAGGUUUUGGAAGACGACCUACCUACCUCGUUUUUCACUCCGUCUCUUCCUCCCUCUUGCUUGUAGCUGUUGGCUGUGGUAGAAUCAUCGUCUAAGGAUGGAGCCAUGAGGCGCGUAUUGGAGAAAAAAAUCCCGCAGGCGACGCAGCAGCCGUAGUGCUCGUGGGACUUCUGUUGUAGUUCUUGUAGCUGACGCGCCUUCAGUGGUGUGGUCUGCUCGUAUGUGGCGCUCUCUUUGGAUAGAUUACCUUACCCAAGAGCACUUUCCUUAGAGGUGUGCGUUAUUUCUGGAGAGCAUGGGGCAGGACAGUGACGGGCGUCCAGCCUGCAAGUCGGUGGAAACUCGAUAACCACUGAAGUCAAGAAUGCAUCGAAAGCUGUGUUUUCUCUCUUCGCUUUUAAACGAUGAUUUCUGACUAUAUAUCGAUCGUGAGCCCCCGUUUCCUUUCUUCUCGAUUCCGACAACGAAAGGAGUGCCGAAAUGGCUACAAGAUUUGUGGGGAGGUUUCAUAAUAGAGAGUUUUGCGGUGGUCAAUGAAUCCGCUGAGGAAGGGCUUGCG